GGCCAAUAAUGUUAACUCUGAUAGAGUUGGGACAGACGUCUUGGUCGCUGUAGCUUGGUAGACCAUUCUGGAUUUGUUGGGUUGUGUUUCGGCUGGGGAAGAGAGAUACCAAUACGCACUUGGAGGAAUAGAAAGUUCCCAAAGGCACAUCAAGGUUGUGAGAUAGUGGAAAACAGAGCUGCCACGACGAUGCCCAUAUCAGAAAACUGCGCUAUGCACCUGGCAGCUGUUCUGACCUUGCUGACCUGUGUGUUGCUACAGACAGCCCGGGCAGGAGUGGUGCAGGACUUCAACCAUGUGGAACGCUGUAAGAACUCUCUGUACAUGGGCACCCCACCACGAGGCUACCUCAGCAACUCCUUGAAGAAGAUCUGCCAGCGCUAUGAGGAUAAGCCACGCUAUAUCACCCUGUAUGACUCUCACAAGCGCAUUCCCAUCUAUAGUGCCUAUACCUUCAAGAAAUCAGAUGGGGAGAAGAGAGUGGACUUCCCUUGGAUGUUUGAGCCGCAGCUGGCCUCAGAAAAGGGCAGCAGUAACAUGGAGGCCUUUCCCCAGUCCUCGAACAUGCAUAUGAACUUUGAGGACACCCAGGCGGUUCUGGAGGACUACGCUGAUGUGGUUCAGUACGAGCGUGGCCACCUAAACCCUGAUGAACACCAGGCUGACCCACUGGACAAGGCUUCAACCUACACCCUGACCAAUGUGGUGCCUCAGUUCAGAGAGUUCAACAUGGGUCCUUGGGCUGAACACCAGGACCUCAUCCGCAAACGCCUCAACAACUACUGCCGUGGCAAAGCCUAUGUGGUCACAGGGAUCACCACCUCUGGGAACAUGAUCCGUCGGGACAACAUGGAUCGGGUGGCUGUGCCAGAGUAUAUGUGGUCGGCCUACUGCUGCACCGAGUUUGACCAAAACGCACCGUACUUUGUGCGCUACAAGUUCCCCGUGUUUGGAGCAUAUGGGCUCAAUGACCGCAUCAACAACCACAUGGUCGAAGUUCCUCUAAAGAACCUGGAGAAGUUCCUCAAGGGGAGGAUGGAUGUAGACAAAAACUUCCAGAUCUUCUAUAAUGACUGUGUGCCAGAUGUUUGAGAUAAUGUGGAUGCGAGCUAUGGCUGUUCUGUCUGUAAUAAUUCUAGUUUAGAGUGUGUUCAAGAUUCUAUAUCAUGUAACUUAAGAAAAACUUAAGAGACCAGUUCAGACAGAUGUUAAUCUAAGAGCAAAAUUAAUUGAGAUAUGCUGUGAAAUAUCACUGUAUGCAAUAAAAUGAGGAAAU